AUGGCUCCGCCACCUGCAGUGCCGGAAGCGGACCACCAGGACGACGACGACGGCAUCCCGGAAGGGACCGGGGUAGACCUGAGAGUGGCGGUACGUAGGCUCAAGGCCAGGAAUACCGCGCCAGGACCCGAUGGCUUGCCUGGCAAAGACUGGGUCCUGGCCUCGGAGGCUCUCGGGCCCCGACUGGAGGGGCUCUUAAGCGCAUGCUUGGAGAGAGGCCAAUUCCCGCUUCGUUGGAAGACGGGGAAGCUGGUCCUCAUUCGGAAGCCGGGGCGCCCUGCGGACUCUCCGUCCGCAUACCGGCCCGUGGUGCUGCUCGACGAGGUGGGCAAGCUCUUUGAAAGAGUCAUUGUAAACCGCCUCGCCGAGCACCUUGCGGGAACGGGAACGGAUCUUGCGGAACACCAGUUUGGUUUCCGCAAGAGGCGCUCUACGGUGGACGCCAUCAUGCGCGUGAGAGCCCUCACGACGGGUGAUGCAGUGGCCAGGGGGGGGGGUUGUUUUGGCGGUGUCUCUUGA